GCGGGGCGGGGAGCCCCGGAACAGAAUGGCGGAGGUGGCGGAUGUGAGUGAGGCUCGGAGCCGGGAUCAGUUGUCGUUGUGGGAGCGCGGCCCGGAGCCCAGCGCCCCGCUCACCGACACCCAGCGGCGCAGCGUGGCCGAGCUCCGGGCCGCCGCCGACAACACGCCCUUACCGGCCGAGUUGCCAAUUGAGGACCUUUGCAGCCUGACAUCCCGAUCCAUCACUGUCCCUCUUACUGCUGCAGUUCCUGAAUCAACUGAGGAUAUUCUUCUCAAAGGGUUUACUGCCUUGAACAUGGAAAAUGAGAAAAUCGAAACCGCCCAACAGUUCUUUUCCUGUUUCUCCAAAAUUCAGACACAAAUGGAUCAAGAUGAGGGAACAAAAUACAGAGAAUUGAGGGAUUAUCUCUAUGGCUUUCAGGAGCAGUGCGAUGCAAUACUGAAUGAUGUAAACACAGCCUUGCUGCACUUGGAGUCUUUGCAGAAGCAGUAUCUGUUUGUAUCGACAAAGACAGGCACACUUCAUGAAGCCUGUGAGCAACUCCUGAGAGAACAGUCUGAGCUAGUCGACCUCGCUGAGAGUAUUCAGCAGAAGCUUUCAUAUUUCAAUGAGUUGGAAAACAUAAACGCGAAACUGAAUUCACCCACAUUAUCUGUGAACAGUGAAGGAUUUAUACCAACACUGGCUAAGCUGGAUGACUGCAUAACUUAUGUAUCAUCACAUCCCAGCUUUAGAGAUUAUCCUGUUUAUUUAGCAAAAUUUAAGCAUUGCCUAUCCAAAGCCAUGCAUCUUAUGAAGACGUAUACUGUGAAUACACUUCAGAACCUCUCCACUCAACUAACAAAAAGGGAUCCUGCAGUUAUAUCGAACACUGAUAAUGCCUUUACACUGUUUUAUGUGAAAUUCAGAGCUGCAGCCCCUAAAGUGCGGUCUCUAAUUGAACAGAUUGAGCAAAGAACUGAUAAAAGCCCUGAGUAUCAGCAACUACUGAGUGAGGUCCAUCAAUGUUACCUGGAUCAGAGGGGAUUCCUGCUGGGUCCAAGCAUUGCCUCCACUAUUGCCGACCUGACCAGCCAAAAUAACAAGGAUCACUGUGCUCUGGUUCGCAGUGGCUGUGCUUUCCUGGUUCAUGUUUGUCAGGAUGAACAUCGGCUAUAUAAUGAAUUCUUUACAAAACCAACGAACAAACUAGACGAGCUGUUGGAGAAACUGUGCGUCUCGUGGUACGAUGUGUUUCGACCGCUCAUCAUCCACGUCAACCACCUGGAGACUUUGUCAGAGCUGUGUGGAAUUUUAAAAAAUGAAAUGCUAGAGGACCACGUGCAGAACAACGUGGAGCAGCUGGGUGCCUUUUCUACAGUAGCAAAGCAGAUGUUGGAAGAUGUACAGGAGCGACUAGUAUACAGGACUCAUAUCUACAUUCAGACUGACAUUGUGGGCUAUAAACCAGCACCUGGUGACCUGGCAUACCCCGACAAACUUGAAAUGAUGGAGCAAAUUGCACAGAGUUUAAAGGAUGAGCAAAAGAAGCUGCCUGCAGCUGAUUCGUCUUUGACAGAAGUUCAGCUAGAAGAUCCUGAUUCUAAAAACGUUAUUAAAUCAGGUAACUCAGACAUUCUGAAUCCCCGGCCACAGUCGACCAUUUCUCCAGCAGAUUUACAUGGCAUGUGGUAUCCAACAGUUCGCAGAACACUGGUCUGUCUCUCAAAACUUUACAGAUGCAUCGAUCGGACGGUGUUUCAAGGUCUGUCGCAGGAAGCCUUGUCUGCCUGUAUCCAGUCGUUGCUGGGGGCUGCUGAUUCAAUCACUAAAAACAAGACUGUGACAGAUGGACAGCUCUUCCUUAUCAAGCACCUUUUGAUCCUUCGGGAACAGAUUGCUCCUUUCCACACUGACUUUGCCAUUAAGGAAAUUUCCCUGGACCUUAAAAAGACUAGAGAAGCAGCAUUUAAAAUGCUGAAUCCCAGGUCUGUCCCCAGAUUAUUCAGGUUGAGCAGCAACAAUUCCAUCCUUGAAUUCCUGCUUGAGGGGUCUCCAGAGAUCAAGGAACAUUACAUAGACUCGAAGAAGGAAGUCGACCGUAAUUUGAAGUCUGCCUGUGAGAAGUUUAUUCAGCACCAAACCAAGCUCUUUGUAGGACACCUGGAAGAGUUUAUGACCAAAGUGUCAGCACUAAAAACCAUGGGUCAUCAGGGAGGGCCGAAAUACAGCCUCGCACAGCAGCCCUGGGCACAGCCAGCAAAAAUCAAUGAUUUGGUGGCUUCCACAUACAAGACUAUCAAAGGAAAGCUCCCUGUGACUCUGAGAAGUCUGUCCUUGUAUUUGUCCAAUAAGGAUACAGAGUUCAUCCUAUUUAAACCUGUACGGAGCAACAUCCAACAGACAUUCCAGAAGCUGCAAGGAGUAUUGCAGGAAGACUUCAGUGGUGAAGAUUUGCAGAUUAUAGCCUGUCCUUCCAUGGACCAGGUAAACCUGUUGUUGUCAGCUUCCAAUUAGGAUCAUUGUCACACAGUGGAGAGAAAAUGGGGAUAUGUCUGACACCUAAAACUGGGCAUUAACUGGUCGAGGGAAGCACUGAGUGACGGAAGGCACUUGGAGUGAAGCAGUUGGCUGAAGAGAAUUUUGUGGAUCACUGACUAUAAUCUGUAGCCACUGCACAACUGUGUGUAAAAGUUAUGGGUGUUUGGUGAAGAAUUUGACAUGCCACCAUUUACCUAUUCAUCUCCUCAAAACCCAGGGCUGGUCGUGAAUGGAAGGUCACUUAUUCAUAAUUUUGGGUCAAGGGCCACCCCGUGUACAGUCAGUUCUCUAAUGUCUGACGUGCCUACCAAAGACUCUGCUUCAACACUGAAAGGCUGGGGUUUCCUAAAGGAGCUUCUCAUUUCUCAAAGUCUGAAAGGUCUUUGGUUUUUUGACUGGUGUGUGUGUGUAUUUGUAUAUUUUCUAUAGGCUAUAAUUUGUACAUUAAACUGAGGAAACAUUGAAUUUGAUACUGACAUAACGCUGGCUGUAGAAGUUGCAUAAAUGAAUGAUGUGGUAUUAAAGGGAACAUUGAAAUGUGUAUUAUACCAGAGGGAAGUUCAGCUUGACUCUCCCUUUAUCCUUUGUGUUAGUCUUGUGUAAUCCACAAUAUAAACUUGUUUUUUUGUUGUAGUUCUCUUUGCUUUUCAGGGUGAGGGAUGUUGGUGGGGAGACAAGAGACUGCAGGUGCUGGAAUCUGGAGCAACACACGAGCUGCUGAAGGAAUUCAGUGGGUCAGGCAGCAUCUGUGGAGGGUAAUGGACAGUCAACGUUUCAGAUCAAACCCAAAAUGUCAGCUGUCCAUUUCCCUCUACUGAGUUCCUCCAGCAGCUCAUUUUUUGCUGAGGGAUGUUAGUGUUAGCGAAUGUAACUCCUCCCAUCUCAGACACCCUGUACAAUAUCAAACAGCAGCACAGAGUGGUACAGAGUAAAGUUCCUGCUACUAUGCCUCAGCCUCAACCCCAACCCCAACUACUCAAGUAGACCCCUACAAAUGACCCUUCCCAUUGCCCAGCCUUUGGAGUAUCAUUGACAGAGACACCAAGUUAGCAACUGGAUUGAAACUGCAUGGACUUGUAUCACUAAAGGACCUUUGAGCCACAAUAGAUGGGGUUAGCCCAAGUUCCAAAAGAGUCCCAACAUGCUGCAUGUUUCUGGGCAACAGAUUUAACAGUGGUGCUCCAGAGGUGGUUUGCAGAUGAGAUCAGGCAGUGUAAUUCUUGUGAUGUGUACUUCAUAGCUGCCACAACAUCUUUUACUCACUUACCAAACCAGUGCUAAUUGGUUGGUUUAAACUUAGUUCCAUUUUCACUGUUCUGCAUGAGUUUGAUGCAAAUUUCUCACCCUUGUGGACCAAGCUGAAACUACAUACACUCACUAGGGGAAUAUGGUUUUCUUGGUAAUCUAUGCACUAUCUUUUCAUUGAUUAUUACAGUGUAGCUAACAGUAUAAGUCACAGUAAAAUACAGAAGCUGUAGCAUCAAUUGGCACAAAGAUCACUCACUGUGGAAGUUUUCCAUAGGGAUAAAUUGUAAUAGUGUAGAAAACACACUCCCAGAUGCAAAUAUUUGUUCUAUAAAUAUCCAAAUGCAGCAAGUCUCACUUUGCUCUUAAACCGCAGUAAUUUGAACUUUGAAGAUUGUUUGGUAAGCAUUUUAACAUUAACUGAUUUAACACUAACCAAUUGAGAAUGGACUGUGGUAGAGUCGAUGAGUAAAUUGGAAUGAGAAUCACAAUGGUCAUAACACAAAAUUGGACUUUUUAUCCUGUAGAGUUAUACCAGUUCUAUCUAAGAACAAGACCUACACCCCAACCCCCUCUCCUCAUGGCCUAAAAAUUCUUUCCUUUGUGUAUUUUCAUGGACAAAUCAGUUGCAGCUCCCUUAUCACUGCAGCAAGCUAAAUGAGGAGUUGCCUUAAGGUAUUAAGCUUGAUGUUAUCAACUGCUCUCUCAAUCAAAGAUUAAUUUCAUACUGCCAAUUCUGAAAUGAAAGUACCAAAUUAGUUUACUACCUGGUUUCAUUUGUCCCAUUUUGCAUUCAGUUUUAAACCUAGACCUCCCAUGUUAAUUGGGCCAGUAAUGUAUAAAUGAUUUAUGAAGAAUCAUUUGUCAUACUUACCAAUCAUCCACACAGAUAAAUAAUUGUCAUCUUAAGAUGCUCAAUUGGAAAAUGAUAAAUCUGUUACGCAUUGGGGAGGCUGUCACAGUUGGAAAUUGGAUUCGGUGAAAGGCUUUGGAAUUGAAAUGUUAGCUUUCAAUUAGCUUUGCAAUAAGGUCCUUCAUGAAACUCUCCAUUUCCUUACUGGGAGUUCUGUACAAUAGGCAGACACCAGGAAGAACAUUGUUCAUCUGUGCGAUAGGCAGACACCAGGAAGGACAUUGUUCAUCUGUGCUCUGUGAUGGGUAAGCAGAAUGCCAAGGUUUCUCUUUCCCUUCCGAGCCCAAAGUCCUAUGUUGACAUGAGUUACUCUCUUGGGGUUUAAAACAUUCUAACUUAACUUUAACACAAGAGUGAUUAAUUCUAGAAAUCAUCUACUUAGUUGCCGAAUAUUACAUUCUGUGGGAUUAAAAAUCUAUCCAUGUUUUAUUUUAAUGGUUGUCCAAAAAGUUUGCAGGUUGCAUUUUUAAAAUAGCUUGCAUUGAAACACGUCCUGUAACAUGAAUGUAUAUGUUGUUAAAUAACAAUGAUUUUCUCUAUAAGAUAAUUAGGGGGAAAUGCACGAUGUACAUAGUUGGUUUCCUUGUAUGGAACAAAAUGACAUUUUACUAUUGUGUAAAUAAUUGUGGGCAAGAGUUAACAGUUAUUAUAAAGGGUAUAUCUGCAUUUUAUACUUUAGAAGCAUUUUUUUUAGUUUCGACUCCGAGUUGAUGCUUACAGUAGUCUAUUUCAGAGACGGAUACAACUAACAAGAACCCAAUUCACUGAUUCUGAUUAUUUUUGGGUGUUUUAAAGGGUUUAUAUAAUGUAAAUUGUAUGUACAUAGAGAUUAAUAAUAUAAACAUGCUUGUCCCCAGUUUCUCAAUGCAAUCUGAUAGUUUUAAUAAAAUGUUUUCAAGAA